AUGCCAACAGUAGACGGUGAAACGGCUUCACUGAGCACCCGCGAUGUUGCAAAUGCAUCUGUAACUUACAUUGGUUCUGUUUCCGAUUCGGAUCAGUGCUUGCACUUGAAGAUAUACUUGCUCUCAUUAGGAGCGAAUGUGAAAGAGGAAGUCUCGGAUGAUUUGCCAACUGACUUUAAUGAUAUCAUGGAGGGGAUCACCACCUUACUGGAUAGUCAAGUAGAUACAGAUGAAAUGAGAAGUGCAUUAUACAGCUUAUGCACCUUGCUGAUGAAAUGCAUGAAAAGCGGUUUAACCGGUUACAUUUCCAAACUAUGCUCGAUGUUUGAACAGAAUGGAAAACAAGACAACGCUGGCAUCCGCCUUGAAAUUUUACAAACGUUAAGCUUCUACGAGUUAACCAGCGAUCUUGAAAAGACCGAGAUAUUCGUAACAUCUUUAAAGCUAGCCAAACAAUAUAAAUUACACGACCGAGUAAUGACUGAUAUUCAAGAAGUCUCGAAGCUGCUUGAUACUUGGAAAGUUGAACGUGAUGGACGCAUCAUCAUUUACAGACUGAUAAGAGAUAUUUUUAUCGACAGCCAACGCAACGAUGAAGCUGCUGUUGUUAUGCUUGAACUAUUACGCUCCUACGAUGAUCAUAAUAUAGCUUCAUCGGUUGAAGAUGCUAAAAUAUGUGUCAUCGAUGCACUAAAGAAUCCGGAAAUUUACCUAUUUGAUUACCUGCUAGCAUUGAAGCCUAUCAGUAAUUUGCGUGGCGAAUUGCUCUAUGAUCUUUUGAACAUUUUCAUACACGAAGACUUGAAAUCUUAUGUAGCAUUUUACGAAAAGAGUAAAGAAUUUAUGCAAUCCAUAGGUUUAUCUCAUGAAGAAAAUUUACGAAAGAUGAGGCUGUUAACACUUACCUCGCAUAUUGCUAAAGCUGGUGAUGCUGCUACUUUUGAUGACUUAGCUGCAGCUUUGGCAUUGGAAGAGGAUAGCUUAGAACAGUAUAUUAUUGACGCUAUAAGUUGUAAACUGAUCAGUGCAAAAAUUGAUGAGAAAGAAAAGAAGGUCAUCGUAAAGUGGGUCAAAAGUCGAACAUUUGGUAAAGCUGAGUUGAAGCAAAUAGGCGAGCGUUUGCUUAAAUGGAAAAAUAACUUGCAUUUAAUUCGCAAGAAUCUAUCGACUAUUUCGCAAACAGUGUAAAAUAUUCGUAUUGACCAUUGGGUGCCAUCACCUAAUUUUUAAAUUCAAAGAUGGAAAAUGGUUGAUUAAAUUCUUUGCAUUUACGAGUAAAUUAGUUAUCUUACUAUUGACUAAAAGUUACUUCAAUGUGAAAUAAAG